AUGGUAAAUGGAUAUGAAAUUUAAAAUAUCAUGAAAAAAGGAGUUUAUUCAAUUAUUUAUUUAGAUAUAGUAAUAUCAUCUGUAGAUAGAAAAAUAUAACUAGUUAAUUUUAUCUCUGGUAAUUUAGAACAUGCCAAACAUGUAGAUAGAACUUUUGUUAUUUCAAUGAUUCCAUAUAAUAUAGACUCAUUUGCAGCAGGUUUCCCACAUGGUAGAGUAAAAACAUACAAAAGAGUAUUAUUUAUAUUUAAUAUUUAUAGGAAAAAACUGGAUCAAUAUUAUUCUUAAAACAUUACGAACUAUUGUUACUACAAAAGUGUAACAUUUAUAUUAAAUAAAUAAUACAUAAGUUUUAGUUGGAGGAAUACAACAACCUAUUUCUUUAAUAAAGCAAUUUCUCUACCUCGUUAUCCUGCUCCAUCAUCAUCAAGUCAAGGUAAUUUAAAUUCUCCCUUUCAAUUCUUUUAAUUGAGGAUUAACAAUCCUUACAUUAAAUAGAUUUACAGAAGCUUUAUAGUAUUAUUAUUAUACAUUUUCAAUUAAUCCAAAAUAUGCUGAUAAUUAAUUUAUAUAAAGGUAGAUUCAAAAACUAUAAAAUAUAACAAUCUAAGUCAUUUUAAAUCCAUUUUACUUUUACCUUUCAUAUAAUAUCUGAUUGA